UUCGCCACACUUCGAAAAGCAAUUCAACAAUUCAGUCGUGUUUCAGUUAUCGAAUCGAAAUGUUGUUAAACAAGACAUACAGGCAUUGUGCAGCUGCAGUAAUUGUCAUGGGAUUGGCAAUAGCCACCUGCGCCUAUGAUUAUUACGGAUUGCAGAUGUUCUUGCAUGUGGUACGCGGAUUGCAGUUGGUGGCGACAGCUGAUCUGCUCUUUGCAAUUUUUAAGAAGGAACAGCUUCAUAAGGAUAAACUUAUUCUCUUCUGGCUAGGCAUUACGACAUUCUUCGAAAUGUCUUUAGCGAUUUGCAGUUUUAAUUUCAUUGCUACAGACUUUGUUACCUACAACUUCGGAUACUUUAUUGGCUCGCUGUUUGCCCUUUUGGCAUUCUGGCUAGCAAUGGCUAUUGUGGGAUACGCGAUGUACAUCAUUUACUUGGAAUAUGUUGAGUUGAUCCAAGUCAAUGGAGCAGGACUAAGUCUUCCGCCGGUUGCCGAUCAGAUUAGUCCGAUCUAUGAGACAAAGGAAACUCCGCCACCAUAUAUUCCAACCUCUGAAAAUCUAUCGGUAUCGAUUCAGAGUUAAGUGAAACGAUUAUCUUGUAAAGUGCACAAUAAAAGUGAAAAUAAAUAUUGUUGCGAACAAAGCACGAGAACAAAGAA